AUGUCUUCCAAACCCCAGGUCGGUUUCUGCGGCCUAGGCGCCAUGGGCAUGGGCAUGGCCACGCACCUGGUCAAGCAAGGCUACCCCGUCACCGGCUUCGACGUCUACCCUCCUUCUCUGGAGCGGUUCGCGAAGGCGGGUGGAACGCCCUCGAGCUCGCUGUCCGAGUCGGCAAAGGACAAGCCCUUCUACAUUGUCAUGGUCGCAUCCGCCAUGCAGGCGCAGCCCGCCCUCUUCGACAAAGACGGCAUCGUGAACGCGCUGCCUCAAGGUGCCACGCUGUUCCUGUGCUCCACGGUGCCCAGCGCGUACGCCCAGGCCGUCGAGAAGCAGCUUGCGGACAUUGGCCGCUCCGAUAUCGCCUUCAUUGAUGCGCCCGUGUCAGGCGGCGCCAUCCGAGCCGCAGACGGCACGCUGUCCAUCAUGGCGGGAGCAUCCAGCGCGGCGUUUGAAAAAGGCCAGUUCCUGCUCGAGGAAAUGAGUGCCCCCUCAAAGCUGUUCAUUGUCGACGGCGGCGUCGGCGCAGGCAGCAACAUGAAAAUGGUGCAUCAGGUCCUUGCCGCCAUCCAGAUUCUCUCGCUCAACGAGGCAUACGGGUUUGCGGCGCGCAUGGGCGUCAACGGCCAGGAUCUGUACGACCAGGUCGUGGGCAACAAGGACGCUAACAAGGCGUGGAGCUGGAUGUUUGAGAACCGCAGCCAGAGGACGCUCAAGCAGGAUUACGUUCCCGGUGCGAGUGCCGUGACGAUUAUUCUCAAAGACACGGGCAUCAUCACUUCCAUGUCCCGCAGCGUCAUGUUCCCAGCGAUGCUGUGCUCCGCCGCCGAGCAAGUCUACUUCACCGCGCUGGACCGCGGCUGGGGCGCCGAAGACGACGGCGGCAUAGUCCGUCUCUGGACCCCAGACGCCGUCACAUCCAUCCCAUCCGACCGUCUCUCUGCCUCGGAAAAAACCGAAAAACUCAACCACGUCCUCAAUCUCCUCACGGGCAUCCAUCUCGUCGCCGCCGCCGAAGCCGUCGCCCUCGCCCACCACGUCGGCAUCCCGCUCCCCCAGUUCUACGAGCUCGCCUGCGACGCUGCCGGCGGCAGCACCAUGUUCAAGGACGCGGGCAAGCACAUGAUUGACGUGCUGGACGGCAGGGGCGAUGGUACCGGUGCCGUGCUGAGCGGCUACAUCGAGGCGCUGCGCCUGGCUGUUGACGAGGCGCAGAAAAUUAAGUCCCCCCUGUUUCUGGGUACCGCGGCAUUAAACGUACUGCUGCAGACGCGGAAACAGCCGAGUAUCAAGGCCUUGCUGGAUUGCUAUCUCGGUUGA